AUGAGAAAUACGAUUCUGUUACCAGAUUGCAGCAGGAGAGAAGAUUCCUUUGAGCCAGGAAGAAAUACCUCUGCACGGCCAUGCCUUCGAAGCUAGAAUAUAUGCAGAAGAUCCUAACCAUAACUUCAUGCCUGAGACUGGACCACUAGUGCACCUCUCUAUCCCGCCAGCAGACCCUUGCACUAGAAUUGAAACUGGAGUACGGCAAGGAGAUGAAGUUUCUGUGCAUUAUGACCCCAUGAUUGCGAAGCUGGUCGUGUGGGGGGCAGAUCGCCAGGCGGCGUUGACAAAACUGAGGUACAGCCUUCGUCAGUACCAUAUUGUUGGACUGCACACCAACAUCAACUUCUUACUUAACCUGUCUGGCCACCCGGAGUUUGAAGCUGGGAACGUGCACACUGACUUCAUCCCUCAGCACCACAAAGAGCUGCUGCCCAGUCGGAAGGCUGCAGCCAAAGAGUCUUUAUGCCAGGCAGCCCUGGGCCUCAUCCUCAAGGAGAAGGCCAUGAGUGACGCCUUCACUCUCCAGACACAGGAUCAGUUCUCUCCAUUUUCAUCUAGCAGUGGAAGAAGACUGAAUCUCUCUUAUACCAGAAACAUGACUCUUAAAGAUGGUAAAAACAAUGUAGCCAUAGCUGUAACAUAUAACCAUGAUGGGUCUUACAGCAUGCAGAUUGAAGAUAAAACUUUCCAAGUCCUUGGUGAUAUUUACAGCGAGGGAGACUGCACUUACCUGAAAUGUUCUGUUAAUGGAGUUACUAGUACAGUUAAGCUGCUUAUCCUGGAAAACACUCUUUACCUAUUUUCCAAGGAAGGAAGUGUUGAGAUUGACAUUCCAGUCCCCAAAUACUUAUCUUCUGUGGGCUCAGAAGGAACUCAGGGAGACCCCUUAGCUCCUAUGACUGGAACCAUUGAAAAGGUAUUUGUUAAAGCCGGAGACAGAGUGAAAGCUGGAGAUUCCCUAAUGGUUAUGAUCGCCAUGAAGAUGGAGCAUACCAUAAAGGCUCCAAAGGAUGGUACAGUAAAGAAAGUGCUCUGCAGAGAAGGUGCACAGGCCAGCAGACACACUCUGUUAGUCGAGUUUGAGGAGGAAGAACCGGACAAAAGGAACUCGGAAUAAACUGCAGGAAGGAAAUGGUCAGUGAAGUAGUGUCUUCUCGCUCCACCAAAAAGAGAAACUGCCUCUUGCUUUUCUCGGGGUCUCUUAAGGCACAGUUUUACUAAAUGAUCGUAUGCUUGUGCCUUUCACAUUUGAAAAUCAUGCAUCUGGGUCACAAAUAUAAAUUAUCUCCAAAAUUUCCUACUAAUAAAGUUGAAUCAUUCUUUUUUAUUGGAAGCUAAUGUUUGUUUCUGCCUCAAAUUUUAUACAGUGUAUUCUCUUUGAGGAAGGGGGGAAGAGAAAAGGUCAUUUAACUGAUGAAGUAAUUUCCAGUUGCAGUUAUAAUGAAAAUGGGCAGCAACAUGUUUCAGAGACAGAUGUCCUGGAGCUCA